CCCUCGCUCUCAGAGGAUGGAAUACACUGAGAAAACUACAAAACCACUUAAAGUUUUCAAUAGUAUCCAUUUAUUCUCCUCCUUCUCCUCCUCCUCCUCCUCAUCUUCUUCUUCUUCUUCUUCUUCUUCAAGGUCGUCUUCUUUUCCAGCUGCCAGCCAAGGUCCUUGUGCUGCCUGUAAAGUCCUUCGUCGCCGAUGCACCGAGAGUUGUAUUUUAGCCCCAUAUUUUCCAUCAACUAAACCAUUCCAGUUCAUCACUGCUCAUAAAGUCUUUGGAGCCAGCAACAUAAUCAAGUGGUUGAAGGAAGUUCCAGAGACCAAUAGAGCAGAUGCUGUGAGCAGCAUGGUCUAUGAAGCAAAUGCCAGAAUUCUUGAUCCAGUCUACGGGUGUGCUGGUGCGAUUAGCAAGCUUCAGAAACAACUUGAAGAAGUGCAAGCAGAAUUAGCCAUGACGCAAGCUGAACUCCUUUUCAUGCGAUGCCAACAACAGCAACUAGAUGAUAAUGCAAAGUUCCUCCAUAGAAAUUCAGGCUCGGCCAAUUGGGAAUGAAGAAGUCUUGGUAAAAAUUCCAAAUUAGUUUUGAAUAUCAAAGUCAUGUAUGCUUGAUCGAUAAUAAAGAAGAAAUACUUGGGCAUUGCGGAAUAAAGUUUGGUCAGAGUGGAAAUGAGAGAAAUGCUAGCUAGCAACUCGAUUCUAGGUGGCAUUUCAUGUGUCUCAACUCAACGCUUGAUUGUAUUCUAAUAUUCUAAUG